GCUAGAUCGAUAGACGGGGACUCGAGACCCCGUAUAGAGUAGGGUUGGGUUGCUACUGGCAGCUCGUCUUGGGUAGGGCUCACUUCCUCGCGCGCGCGCUUCUCCCCUUCCCCUUGCCUAGUCCAAUUACUACGCUGUCGCUCUCCUCGUCCUAUGUUCCUCGCUCGUUCCUCUACCCUUAUUUUUCCUUUAUUCCCGACGUAUUCCGUUAGGUAAUGGGUUGUGAGGACCUGGCCAUCCGCACACAACAUCCGCACAUUGCAAGACGGACCCUUGACAUCAGAUCUCACAUGCUUACCGGGGGAGAGGGGGAGGAAAGGGAAAGAAAACAAGAAAUAGCCGGGACCCCUUACUUACUACUGUGGGCAUUACAAAUAUGUAAUGUAGGCGUAUGCAGCGCGGCCGGCUGCCCGGUUUCUCUCUGUGAGCGAUAUAAUCGAGACGACAAUAAUCAUAAGUUGCGGGUCAAGCCCGCUGCUGGGUGCUGCUGCUGCUGCUUGGUGCUGCUGCUGCUGGAGGUGCUGCUGCUGCUGGAGGUGCUGCGCCAGCUGGGGCGGGCGAGGCCGCGGGUGAUGCUUUGUACAUGGUAAUCUUCUUGAUCCUUCCUCCCCGAUUGGGAAAUGCGCGUCUU